ACCAGAACUUCAAUUUCCUAUCAUUUUUUCCACCCAAACUACAUUACACAAAAACACACCAAAAUCCCAGAAAAACCCAAAUGGCACAACAUCAAACUACGCUGAUCCUAGCGAUCACGAUGGCUGUCCUCUAUGGAACCGCAAUGGCUCAAUCAUCGGGGUGCACAAGUGUGCUAAUUAGCAUGUCACCGUGCCUUAACUACAUUUCCGGUAACUCAUCAACACCAUCCUCAGGAUGUUGUACCCAACUAGCCAGCGUGGUUCGGUCACAGCCAGAGUGUCUGUGUCAAGUCCUUAAUGGUGGUGGCUCGUCCAUGGGUAUUAACAUCAACCAGACUCAGGCUCUUGAGUUGCCUAAGGCUUGCAAUGUCCAGACUCCACCAACCAGUCGAUGCAAUGCAUCUUCUCCAACGAACUCUCCUUCAGGAACAACACCUUCAUCUUCAGGAAACCCUUCAGGUACAGACACUGAAACGAACACCGUGCCAUCAACGGAUAACGGUUCAUCGGAUGCAACCUCAACAAGAUUCGCAAGCAUUCCUAUCGUAUUUUCGCUACUUGUUGUCGCCUAUACUAUGGUUUAAACUACUACAUCCAACAACAUUGUGUUACUUGUUUGUGAUUUUCACUUGUUUUCCUUUGAUUCUUACUUGUUCUUUCACAAACUCGUGAGUUUGUCGAGAAACGUGCUAUGUUCGAAAUUCUUUUACGGAUAUUAUAUUAUUUUGGAUAAAUCUGAUACAAAUUAUAUAUACAAA